UCAGCAUGCUGCGUUUCGUGGUACCCCGGCUGCCUUGCCUCCUCCGAAGUAAGUCUGCCCCAUACUCCUCAGCUGCAACACUCCCAAGCCCCAUCCCAAACCCAGACAUCCGCUACAACCAACUGUUCAUCAACAAUGAGUGGCAAGAUGCAGUCAGCAAGAAGACCUUCCCAACAGUCAACCCCACCACCGGACAGGUCAUUGGGCAUGUGGCUGAAGGAGACCGGGCUGAUGUGGACCUGGCUGUAAAAGCAGCCCGAGAAGCCUUCCGCCUGGGGUCACCAUGGCGCCGGAUGGAUGCCUCUGAGCGCGGUCGGCUGUUGAACCGCCUGGCUGAUCUCGUGGAAAGGGAUCGUAUCUAUUUAGCUUCACUGGAGACCUUAGAUAAUGGGAAACCCUUCCAAGAGUCUUACGUUUUAGACCUGGAUGAGGUCAUCAAGGUGUACCGGUACUUUGCCGGUUGGGCUGACAAGUGGCAUGGCAAGACCAUUCCCAUGGAUGGUGAGCACUUCUGCUUUACCCGGCAUGAGCCCGUCGGUGUCUGUGGUCAGAUAAUCCCCUGGAACUUCCCCUUGGUCAUGCAGGGCUGGAAGCUUGCCCCAGCGCUCGCUACAGGUAACACCGUGGUCAUGAAGGUCGCAGAGCAGACCCCCCUUUCUGCUCUAUACUUGGCCUCCCUCAUCAAGGAGGCAGGCUUUCCCCCUGGAGUGGUGAACAUCAUCACCGGCUACGGCCCCACGGCAGGAGCAGCCAUCGCUCAGCACAUGGAUAUUGACAAAGUUGCCUUUACUGGUUCCACCGAGGUGGGUCACCUGAUCCAGAAGGCGGCUGGUGAUUCUAACCUCAAGAGAGUCACCCUGGAGCUGGGUGGGAAGAGCCCCAGCAUCGUGUUGGCUGAUGCUGACCUGGGCCAUGCCGUGGAGCAAUGUCACGAGGCCCUCUUUUUCAACAUGGGCCAGUGCUGCUGUGCGGGUUCCCGAACCUUUGUUGAAGAAUCCAUCUAUGAUGAGUUUCUCGCAAGAACCGUGGAGAAAGCCAAGCAGAGGAAAGUUGGGAACCCCUUUGAGUUGGAUACCCAGCAGGGGCCCCAGGUGGACAAGGAACAAUUCGAACGAAUCCUGGGUUACAUCCAACUUGGCCAGAAAGAAGGUGCAAAGCUCCUCUGUGGUGGGGAACGUUUUGGAGAGCAAGGCUUCUUCAUCAAGCCCACGGUCUUUGGUGGUGUGCAGGAUGACAUGAGGAUCGCCAAGGAGGAGAUCUUUGGGCCUGUGCAGCCCCUGUUCAAGUUCAAGAAGAUUGAGGAGGUGAUUGAGAGAGCUAACAAUACCAGGUAUGGCUUGGCUGCUGCCGUGUUCACCCGGGACCUGGACAAAGCCAUGUAUUUCACCCAGGCACUCCAAGCCGGGACAGUUUGGGUGAACACCUACAACAUCGUCACCUGCCACACACCGUUUGGGGGUUUCAAGGAAUCUGGCAAUGGAAGGGAGCUGGGAGAAGAUGGGCUUAAAGCCUACACAGAAGUGAAAACAGUCACCAUCAAGGUUCCUCAGAAGAACUCUUAA